UCGUCCUCGCGCUGGGUGGGAUUGUGGAGCGCGAGGUCUGACAGAUGCAGUGCGCAUGCGCAGAAGCCCUUCUUCAGCACCUGCCAGUGCGCGCAUUACUUCACAUGUUGAACUCUCGGCUGACAAUCACUCGAGUUAACAUUUCAUCAUGAGGAGAACACACACCGAGCUCAGCUGAAGAAAACACACACACACACACACACACACACACACACACACCGAGCUCAGCUGAGGAGGAACACCGACUCUUCAUUAUCUCUUCUUCAUCUGACACUUUUCGGGAUUUAUACCAACAAUGCUUCUGAGGAGAACAUUGCUUUCGUGAAAGUUAAAGCCGAAUUACGCUUGACUUGGACUUGUUUGUCACGCGCGCCGGAAUGAAGCACUGAUCCUGACGGAACGCUUUUCCUUGUUAUUUUAACUUCGCUGACUUUAAUCUCCCGUGGGCAAGUGCCAGUUCCGUGGACUUUACCUGCACAGGUGCAUUAUGUCCAAGCCCAUGGAUCACGUCAAGCGCCCUAUGAACGCGUUCAUGGUGUGGUCCCGCGCGCAGAGACGGAAAAUGGCCCAAGAAAACCCGAAAAUGCACAACUCUGAGAUCAGCAAGAGACUGGGCGCGGAGUGGAAACUCCUGACGGAAGCCGAGAAGCGGCCGUUCAUCGACGAGGCGAAGCGGCUGCGCGCGAUGCACAUGAAGGAGCACCCCGACUACAAGUACAGACCCAGACGAAAGCCCAAGACUUUAAUGAAGAAGGACAAGUUCGCGUUCCCGAUGGCGUACAACCUGGGCGAGCACGAGGCGCUGAAGGUGAGCGCGCUCCCGGGCGGCGUGCCCGAUUCUCUGAUGAGCAACGCGGAGAAAGCGCGCGUGUUCUUCAACCCGGCCAUGGCCAACCCGUACUCGUUCUUCGACCUCGGGUCCAAACUGCCCGAACUCUCGCCGCCGUUCUCCUACGCGUCUCCGCUGGGCUAUCCGAGCACGGGCACGGCCUUCCCCGGGGUGCACGCGCACACACACUCACACACACACCCGUCACCGGGGAACCCGGGAUACAUGAUGCCGUGCACCUGCUCCGCGUGGCCGCCCGCGGGGCUCCAGCCCCCGCUCGCCUAUAUACUGCUGCCCGGGCUGGGCAAGCCGGGCCUGGACCCGUACCCGCUAUGAGCCCGGGACUCCGGGGGAAGUUUGAAAUGUGAAGUGAACGAAUGACUACAUGCAAUACACGCGGAGCACAGCUGAACAUGUGAUAAACGAGACAUCACGUAUGUGUGUGUGAGUGUGUGUAUCAUGACGAGAACGAGUGGCUCUUAUCAAUGUGAAUAAAUCUGUGCGAAAGUGCGACUCCGCGAGAGGCGAGAAUAACCUGUUGACUGUAAUGUGUGUGUAGCGCAGGCCGAUGCUGUAACGGGGUUGCAUUGCUAUUCUGGAGGAGAAAAGUGCAUUGUUUUAUUUGGACUCAACCUAAAGAAUUCCGUUUUUUUAUUAUUAUUAUUCAGUCAUGUUGCUGUAAAUGUGUACAGUUUUAUUAAACCACGUCUAGUGCUCUACGCACCGGAGCUCUCCAACUAGAAAUCAGAUAUUUUGAGUUUCGAAUCUACUAUUUCCAUGGAUGUAUUAUGUAAUAUUUAUUGUUAAUUCAGUCAGUGAAACUCUGUUGGCCGUGGGACACGCCGUGUUCCCUUGAUAUUUGCACAACGGGAGACAGGAGCACUUAUAAGUGAAAUUUAAUGAAAUGAAACACGUGAAAUAAUAAGAUUUCUGAUAUUUCUAAGGGUUAUUCUACAUCACAGAUCAAUCAUGCGUUCACGUCAAGAAGUCAGUCCGGUUUUUUACUAACUCGAAGUGAAAUUGUAUGUUAUAUAUGUUUUGCAUAAUUCCACUUAUAUGUACUUAAAAUGCCUAUCGUUCAUUUAUUGAACAAGGGGGAUAUAAUAAAGCGAAUGCGAAAAGAAAAGAAAUUGCUCUGUAUAGUUCUUGAACAAGAUUUGUAUCUGAAAGCCUUUCCUCGGUCGGAGCAGGUGAAGUGUAAAGU